UGCAGCAAGAUGGAGACGUGAAGGGAGUGUUCUUACAAGAUGUUGAACUUGCGGCCCAAAGACGGACAUUCUUAGCUCCAAGAUCCCCGUCGAAGGGCAAUGACAAGGUGUGUGCCAUGGCUGCUGCAGGAGACACGGAAGGGGAAAGCCUUAAGAGUGAUUGGGAAGACUUCUGUGACAAGCAGGCCAGGAUCGCGGCGGCCGAUUUUGUCAAAUCGUGGCGAGUGUUUGUGGCUCUUCAGGCUCAGUUCAGGGACCUGGAGCACAAGGAGCUGGCACAGAAGUUCGCCGAACUGUUCCCUGCGCAUUUGGAGAAGGCGCUGACGAGCCCACCCACGUCAAUUGCGCAAAACGGCGUCGGCGAGGCCAGCGACCCCAGGCCAGCCUCGGCCACCAAUCCAAGGUCAGCCUCGGCCACCAACCCAAGGUCAGCAUCGGCUGAUGACCUGCUGGAGGCUGCAGCAGCAAGUGAUGAAGGUGGCGAGUCCCCAUCCCCUCGCGUGGCGCACAGACCCUUCUUCAGGAGGCUGUCAUUCAAGGGCCUCAAAAAGGGCAAGAGCAUUUUCCUCAAGCAGCACUCAGAUGAGGUGGAACUUUCACCACACCAUGACAAACAGUCCAAGAAUGAGAGACACAAAGCGCGUACAGUAAAACUUGCGGUGGAGUGCGUUCGUGAGGGAACUGUGCACCUCCUGGCUGGUGACACUCAGGAAGGCCGGCCACAUUGGCUCAAGUGCCGAAUGGCACUUGUCAAGGUUGCAGCUGGACAUAUGCUAGAAUUUUAUGCACCUCCUAAGAGUAUGAAGCCUCGUACUGGUGUAUUUUGCAUAUCAAUCAAUGAAGCAAGAGAGACGACAGACCUAGAAAUGCCUGACUUGAGAAACACAUUUGUUAUCAAGGCGGAUAGUGGGAAUGAGUGGGUAGUUGAGGCUCAGGAUCAGGAAGACAUGAAAACAUGGCUUACUACCAUUGUAGCUUAUUGCUGCUCAAAUGAAAAAGAACAGUCAAAGAAUUAUGAACUGCGGCCUGCAAUGUACAGCGUGAAGAAUGAGUCUUCACAGUCCCUAUCAGCUGCAGUCCCAGCUGCAGAGGCUGUCGAGGCCCGACCAGAACACCCACCAGACUUGCCUCCCAGAAUUCCAGGCACUACCUCACCCAUCUCACAGCAGGCAAGUGGCAUUGUAGCAAGACAGAACAAUCUCGCAGCACACACGAGAUCACAGAAUGGUCUGGGUGAUUACUCCAAUGAAGAAAAUGUUAACAUACCUACGGAUGUGGACUUUUACUCAAGCCUCCGGGACUAUCCCUGGUUCCAUGGCACUUUGUCCCGCUGUGAUGCCGCCUCAGCUGUCCUCCAGGAGGCUGUGGCUGGCCAUGGGGUGUUCCUCGUGAGACAAAGUGAGACGCGCAAGGGGGAGUAUGUCCUUACCUUCAACUACCAGGGAAGAGCAAAGCAUCUUAGGAUGACCAUUAAUCCAGAUGGUGCAUGUCGCGUGCAACACCUCUCCUUUGCAACCAUAUUUGACCUGCUCGAGUACUUCCGUGACAACCACAUCCCAUUGGAGUCUGGUGGCACUUCGGACGUCACACUUUCUGAGUUUGUCAUUGCGGCAGACUACUCGGCGCGGAACCAGGGAACAGGCCAAGCGGGAACUGACCGUAGGGCACCCAAUCUACCUGAUACCAGAGAGGUCACUACUCAUGGUGGAUCUGUACGCAUGACAACUGCAGCUUUAGAAAGACUUCAGUAUGAACAAAGCAAUUCAGGUGGGUCAACAGGACGUGCUGUGGAGAACACAUACACGUAUACUUAAAGCCAUGCUCUUGAUUUGGAGGUGAUAAAAGCACAAGAAAAGAAGUUGACAUCAAGCAGUGUGUUGAGUUGGAGAUGCCUAUUGCUGGGGAAGUUUGAAAUUGAAGCUCAAUUUCAGAGGCCUUUUGUGCAAUUUUUUUUUCCUUGUAAGAUCUGGGCUGAAGAAGUUUAUCAAUCUUUAUUUCUUUUUUACCCUGUGUUUGAUUUUAUGAGGGUAUACUUUCAAGAUGAGAUUAUUAAUUACAUGUAUUUAAUUCAGGGCAGUGUCUGAAGGAAGUUCAUGGUAACUUUCUUUUUUGAAAAUUAGUAGAAUAUUCUACUAAGUUCUAUUCAUUGAUUUAGAUCAACUGAAUAUGAUAUUGAUAUUAUAUAUGUUGUGCCAUUUGUUUUCAAAACAAAGUUUAAUUUGUAGAUUGACAAAUGAAUCAAAGACUUUGCUCUCUAGAUCAUAUUUGGAACCUUGAUGGAUAUAAUAUCAAAAUCAUAAAUAUCCAUAUCAAUACUCCAUGAUUUAUUUUAGGUAUCACUUCUUUUUUAAAGAACUUUCAUAUAAGGUUGUGGAUAGUUAGACUUUUGACUUGUAACACUCCAUGACAUGCUGGAAAGAUGUCUACUGUAGAAAUUCCAAACUGUGGCAACUUCUCCUAAUAUGCAAGACGGGGGUGGAGGAAUGAGCUGGAGGUCGAUCUACUGUAGAAAUUCCAAUUGUGGCAACUUGUCCUAAUAUGCAAGAUGGGGUGGAGGAAUGAGCUGGAGGUUGACCUAGAUGUUUAUAAAGCUAAUAUGUAUUUUGGAGCAUGUUUCAUUUAUGACCUGGCUGAGAACCACCUCGAUUGAUGUGAAUAUAAAAUGCCUCUGAUGUACCACAUGCUUUGUUUCAUCAGACCCACUAUGAUUUGGAUAGGAUUAUGCAAUUCUCCAUUAACCCAAAAAUAGGUUUGUAUCUUAGUACCAAAGUUAAGAUCAAACUUUGAAGGCAUUGAUUAUUUGACAUUAUUUUAUUGAUGAUGGAUAUCUGCUGAUCAGUUCUAAGGGAGAGUGUCCAGUGCUCAAAAAGCACGGAGAGUAGUUUAUGGUCAUUUGAUAUUUUUUGUUGUUGUUGAUCUUGAUGAGAAAACAUCAAGCAACUUUUAAUAAUUGCUGGUAUUUGGAUUAGAUGAUUGUGCUUUAUGAUGAACCAUUUGCCAUAUGUGAUUGGUGCAGUCAGCAACUUUGUUUUCAGUAUAUUAUAUUCCAUGUUAUUGAUAGACUGAUAUUGAUUGUAUAUCUAAAUUAUUAGGUAAUUAUGUUUGUGUAAUUAGAUAUAGUUGUAAAGGGGAAUCCUGUUAAGAAUGUAGUUGACAUUAAUAUUAACCCUGUGAGAUGCAUGCUUGAACCCCAGUUACAUAGGCUUAAGCUCUGUAUGCCAGAAAGCAGGUCACUCCUCCACCCAUUUGAUUGCAAUUGGGAAAUAUUUUUUUGGUUUUGGAGACCCAGUAUCCCUCUUUUUGUUAACAUGAUCAAAAGACUUUUCAAGUUCCAAUUUUGAAAAUUGAAACAAAGGCAUUACUGUAUAAGGCUGAUAUGAUAGUAUUAUUGUUUGCUAGUGUAUGAGCAUUCUUAGUUAUUCUGUUUUUAUUUAUUUAUUGAUUUUAGAGAAAAAUAAUGUGAAGUACUUACUGAUCAUUAACAUGAUGGGAAGAUUUUUCCAGAGAAAAAUGAUUUUGCAAAUAGCUUUAUGAAUUGUGUGAUGUAAGAUCACUAAUAUUUAUUUUAAGGUAUUAUCCUGAACUAUGUAUGAAUUAUGGGGAACCCACUUGAAAAGAAGUUAUAAACUUCAUCUGGAUCAUUUUAAUUAGUCAGAGCAUUUUGAUCAAAGUCAGCCAAUUUCAUGUGGGAGGGAUAUAUUUCACUCAGAUAUAAAUUAGUUAUACAUCUUCAUGUGAAGAAAAACAGUUCCUUUCAGAGAAGCAUUUGUCAAAUUUUACCAGAAAUUAUAUGAUGGAAAGUAUUGUAUCUUAGAUGUAAGUGCCUGCUGAUUCAGCUCUUCAUAAUACAUAUUCUGUGUGAAUUCCAUAAUGUGAAUCAGGUGUAUUGAUAAAUUAGGCAUUCAUGGAAAAUGUUAACAUUGUGGUUGUUAACAUGAAAUAUUGGGCUUUAGGUAAUAGAUACUAGAAAAAGGUUUGAUUGAUUUCUUGGGUAAAGGAUGAAUUUCAGGAAUUUCUUAAUGGUACAGACACAAUGGAAACAUGAAAAACAAACAAAUUAUGAUUAUUUUACCAGGAGAAUUAUAUUCAUUAACUUGUUUUAAGAAUAUAAUUUGGAUACCAUAUUUUUUAUGACUUUAAAGGUUUAGUAGAAAAUCUAUAGACCAAAGCUCCCUUGAAGUAGUGUGUAGUGAGAAAAAGGUACAGUUAUUUGAGAAAGGUAUUGUUAUCUGUAGGUGAUAUUAAUUUCCCUGUAUAAGUUAUACAUUGACAGUUGUAUAGGCAGAAGAUGACGGGAGUAGUUUGAUAUCUGUGUAGCUCAAGUGAUGUCGUAACAAUUGUUGGAAGCUGGUAACAAUUUCCUUGAGUACAAGCUCAGGUUAUUUUAAAGUUAUCUUGGUGUAGCUGUUUUCUGGAACUGUGUAUGUAGUGAGUGGUGAGGUUAACUUUUAUGUAUUUUAUGUAUGAUUAGACCAUCUCUUUGUGGAUAUCAGGAUUUUCUCACUUUACAUACUGUGGAUUUAUGUUAUUGUUUUAAUUUAUAUUUUGUAUUUGGUUGAUUAUUGUUAUUGUUAUUUUUAAGUAGAGGGGCCAUCAUAGAUAGGAAUUAAUCAAUUGUUUCUAUACCAGAGUUUCUGCAAAGACAUAAUAUAAGUUUGUGGUACUUAUUUUUUUCAGCAGAUUUUGAAAGAUUAACAUUUUGCAGUUUACUUUUUAAUGACUUUUUGGUGACUUAUUUUUUUCCAUGUAAUAUCAUUACUAGAUUUAAUUAUUCAGUUUCUUGGCAAUGUGAGACCAUUGGUUGGUAAGAUGUUACCACAUGGUUUAUAUUUAGAUCUUUAUGUCAGUAUUAUUUGUCAGAUUGAUUCUUAUUAAUUUUCACCAUGAAUAGAAGAAUAUGUAGAUAUUUGUUUUGAUAUUCUGUUAUUUAUGUCAAUGUUGGGUAUAUUUUGUGUUCUUGUCUUUUUAUUUGUAUUUUUUGUUUUUGUUUUUUACAACUAAUGGAGAAGGUCUGUACUCUUUAUGUGCAAUAUUUAAAAAUCCUACUGUAGCUAUUAUUUUGGAUACAAAGGAUUUUGCAUCUAUGAAAAUUCUACUUUUAGUAUGCUGUUAGAGAAGGAAGAUAUUGAUCUUCUGUACUGAUACUUUAUUUUGUUGAUGCCGUUAUGUUAAGUGCACACUUAUAAUUUUAGAGGAAGGAGAGGUUCUUCAUAAUAAGACAUUACACUCUUUCCUUUUUUUGUCUUUUAGAUCUAACGUUUCAUAAUCAUAUAGUUUUGUGUUAGAUUAAACCAUUUUAUUCACCAGAGCAGUGUGUAUUGGAUGGUGUGGUUAUUCAGUAUCCAGUACAUGGAAUCUGUCAUAGUGCAGCUAUGGUGUGAUGGCUUUUAAAAGACAGUAUGCCAUUCUUUGCUCUGUGUUCUAGUCAUACUUUAAGAUUGAAUACAUUUUCAUACUUUUGUAUUUGCCGAAGCUGUUUACGGAAUACUUCUGGCUAAAGACAAGCCUCUUGCCCAUCUCUUGCUGGAUGUUCUCUUUGGAUAGGAAAACUGUCAUGGUAUUAUUACUGUUCUUGAGUAUGUUGUUGCAUGUUUCAUGUGUGGAACUGUUGGCAAUAGUGUCUCAGAUUUAAUGAAACUUGAUAUUAUGGUGCAAUAUUUUACCUUUUUGUUUUGUUUAAUCUUUUUCCUCCCCCUUCCCUUUGCCCUUGCUCGAAAGUGCCAUAAAUUCAUCAGGUUAGGAUGGUGUUUGAAAUUCCUUGCAUGUAAGGGAGAAUCCAAAAGCGUAUAAAGUGAUAUUGUUAGGGACACUUUGAAGUGAGGCACAAGGUAAAUG